AGCAAGAGCCGGUGGACCAGCAGCCUUUUGGACCCGAAGCUGAAACUUGCAGGACCAACGAUUGAAUAGGCCAUGCUCCGAGGCACGCCAGGACUAGGCCUCAGGGGCCUGAAGCUGGCUGAGGAUUCUGGGGAGGACUUGGGGCGUCCUUGCUCCGAGGCUGGCAGGAAUUUUGGAAUGCUGAGGCGCAGCCUGGACGAGGCAGAGGAGACGGCAGGCAGAAAGCGCGAGCGGCCCGCACGGUCCAAGGCACGGCGCAUGGCGGCCAACGUGCGGGAGCGCAAGCGCAUCCUGGACUACAACGAGGCGUUUAACGCCCUGCGCCGAACGCUGCAGCACGACCUGGGCGGCAAGAGGCUCUCCAAGAUCGCCACGCUGCGCAGGGCCAUCCACCGCAUCACCGCGCUCUCCUUGGUCCUGCGCGCCAGCCCGGCGCCCCGCUGGCCCUGUGGUCAUCUGGAAUGCCACGGCCAGGCUGCACGCGGCUCGGGCUCCGGGGACUCCGGCUUCAGUGUUCCGCGGUCCGCACCGCCCCCUGCAGCGCCUGGCCUCACGCGCAGGGACAUCGCCAGCCCCUUAGUGCCUCCUGCACCACCACGCUGCGCUUCGUGCUCUCCGCAAGCGAACUCGGGGCGGCCCAGGCUGAUGAACGAAGUGCCUAGUUUGGCCCAAGCCUCUGGGGGAAGCUUGCGCAGAUGUCCCGGGGCUCCCCAAGUUGGACCGAUUCCAUGGCGGUGGGGCUCUGGGUUGGGCUACCAGCACUCCUGACCGGGCCAUCAAGAUCUGGAAGCCGGCUUGGAGGAAUGACAGCAAAAGAAAAGGCUGCGAGAUUAUUCUGGACAGAAUAAAAUCGAAUGUGUUGCGACUUGAGUGGCAGAGGGGGCUGCCUUACCAAUGGAAAGGAACUC